AAAAAAAAAUUAAAUUUCAGAUUACAAUCUUUGCAAGUUAAAGAAAUAAAUAAAAAAAAAAAACAAACAGAAAAAAGAAAAGGAAGAGGAAAAACGAGAGGGUUAUGGAUUUAAAAGGAAGUGUUGCUUUAGUAACAGGUGCAGCUACUGGUCUAGGUCGUUCAUUAUGUGAAGAGCUUUUAAAACGAGGUGCUUGUGUUUCUAUAUGCGAUUUGGAUUCAGAUGCUGGUGAAAAUGCAUGUGAUGAAUUGGGAAAAAAAUUCGGCAAAGAAAAAGUUUUAUUUUGUCAUUGUGAUGUUACUGAUUAUGUACAAUUCGAUGAAGCGUUUCAAACAACACUAGCUGAAUUCGAUAAUAUUGAUAUUGUUAUAAAUAAUGCUGAAAUAAUGAAUGAUAAAUUUUGGGAACUGGAAGUUGAUGUUAAUUUGAAUGGAACAAUUCGUGGUACAUUGUUGGCAUUACAAUUUUUGGGAAAAGAUAAAGGUGGGAAAGGUGGUUGUAUUAUUAAUAUCGGUUCUGCAGCUAGUAUUAAACCACAAAUAUCCACACCGAUAUAUACAGCAACAAAACAUGCUAUUUUAGGACUCUCAAAAUCAUGUGGAGAUAACUAUCAUUUUAAGCAUACAGGGGUAAAAGUUAUAGCUGCAUGUGUUGGACCAUUGGAUACUGGAGCUACAGCACCCAGUAAUCGAUUCAAAUCACCGAUUCAUGAAAAAGCCUGGCAAUUUGAUAUGAAAGGAUUUGUACCACAAAAGACAGAACUUGCAUCUAAAGGAAUCGUUUCGUUAAUUAAAGAAGCAAAUAGUGGAACGAUUUGGACUGUAACUAAUAAUUCAGCGCCAAAAGAAAUACCAUAUUCUGCUGGAAGCAUUUAAAUUUAAAACUUUGUUAAUUCUAAAAUUUAAACAUCGAUUUGAAACAAAUCAUUUUAAAAAUGCACCAAAAACUAAAAGAGCAAGCAUAAAAACAAAAAGAAAGAGUGAAACUGCCAAAAAAUUAAGGAAAUAUUUUUAAAUUUUUGAAAAUUUAAUAUUAUGUAUAGUUAUAUACUCAUAUUGAAAUUUAAAAAUUUAAAAUUUUAUAUGGUGUCCAAUUUAGACUAAACAGAAAUCAUGAUUUUAAAUUCAAAAAUACAACAAAAAUUAAAUAAAAUACAAUAUAUCUAAUCAUAUACUUUUUAAAGCAAUUUAACUGUAAGCGCAAUUGAGUAUUUUAUUGUUAUACUAACAUAUAUUUAAAAAAUCGAUUGCCUAAGUAAUUUUUGCAACGAAAUUAAUCUGAACUAUAAAAAAAAUAUAAGUAUAUGUAUAAGUAAUCGAAGCAAUCACAUUCAAAAAAGACUUCAAACCACUGAAUUUAAAACAAUAAAAAAACUGCAACGAUUUUAUAAAUUUUUGUUAGAAAUCUCAAUUAUGCUUACAUGAUAAUCAAAAUUUUAUAAAUUAAUUUUAUGUUGUUCAACACUAUACAUUACAUAAUAUAAUUAAAUAUUUAAAUAACUACUCGGAAUUGAAGAUUUUACCUACAUACAUAUAUUUUAGAACUGAAUUUCAUUAUUAAAACUAAAAUGUUAUAAAUAUGUGUAUUCCUUAAAUUUUUUAUUUUUAUAAUAUUGUUUUGUUAGAGGAAUUUAUUUACUAUAAUAGUAAUAUGUAUUUAAUUAAACUAUUAUAUUAAUUAUAGUAUUUAUUACUGGUAAAUUAUAA